AGGAGUUCUACUUGUGGGAAAGAGCUAGAUUAAAGCAGCUAGUUACAACUCCUGCAUUCUGUGGUGUACUUAAAACAAUAAAAGCCACUGUUAGUUAAAAGGUGAACGCAGAGAUAGCCAACAAGAACCGGUUUAAAAUGCUGACCGAAUGCUAUUUUUCCCUUGGCGUAAGGAAAAGCAGCUAGGAGUGGACUUUGAAACAACAGUGCUUGGCAGAAUGUGCAGUAGAGGCAGAGCGAUUCUGUCCUGAAUGCCCUGUUCACGGAAACUGAAGCCAGUGCCAGGUUAAAAACAAGGAAGUAAACAAGCUUUUGGAUCACAAUAUCAACAGAAGAGUGACAACAUGGGGGUCAAGCGCACCGCGGCCAAGGGGAAGAAGGUGACCUUGAAGAUGGUCAAGAAGGUGCUGAAGGUCACGGCAGAGGGCCGCCGGAGUGUGGACCUCAGUAACCUGGGCAUCGCCACUUUCCCCAAGUGCCUCCUCAAGAUGGCCGACGUGGACGAGCUGGACCUCAGCCGUAACCUGCUGCAGACGCUCCCGGAGGACGUGGGCAGCCUGACGUCACUCAGCCGACUGGACCUGCACAGCAACAAGCUGGAGGCGCUGCCCGAGGCCCUGGGCCAGCUGGUGGGGCUGACCCACCUCAACGUCUCCAACAACCGGCUGAGCUCCGGGGGCCUGCCCGCCGCCCUGGGCGCCCUGACCCGCCUGCAGAGCCUCAACCUGGGGCUGAACCGGCUGGACCGCCUGCCCCCGGGCCUGGCCGCCCUGCCCGCCCUGCAGGACGUGGGGCUGUUCGACAACCUCUUCACCGAGCUGCCCCAGUUCCUCACGGCCGUCGGGACGCUGAACGCCAAGAGGAACCCGUGUUCGUACGGCCGUGAGGACGGGGCGGGGGACGGGGCGGCGGAGCCCAGGGCCACGGGGCUGUACCUGGCCCCGGAGAGCAGCCUGUGCAGGGCCUGUCUGUACCGGUGCAGGCAGGAGAGGCCCCCGCACCGCAGGAACACCCGAGGGGACGGGAGGGGACCGGAGGAGGACAAGAGGAAGAGGACCUACUCGGGGCUGGUCUCGCCCAACUCGGUGGCCGCGGCCAAUCAGGACGCGUGGAGGAUGAGGGGGUGACGGAGGCUCCGCCCGACCACAGAGUCUGUAACUUUGUCCUUUUUAAAGUCACUGACGUGACAGUGAUGGUCGUCCAAUGAUGUGGUAGGGCUCUCCCGGCCACAUUUACAUGUUAACUGGUCACUUGCCACGCAUUACUUUUAUGUGUUUUGAAUAAAAAAAUGAAAAAAUAAAGAAAGAAAAAAAACA